AAGCCAAGCCCCUUUAUAGUCUGUAUAAAAUUCAUACCCCACAGAUCCAGGGAUUGCAGAAACUCGCCUUCUGCUCUCACCUAGAGACGAAGCUAGAGACCCAGCUAGGCUCUCCCAGGGAAGUGAGACCGCCAUGGCUCAGGAAAGGUUCUUCAUCCUGUUCCCACUUCUGGUCUUGGUACUGCUGGUGCUGGGGUGUGUCCAGACCUCUCUGGGCAAGGAAUCCCGGGUCAUGAAGUUCCAGCGGCAGCACAUGGACUCGGACACCACUAGCAGCAGCCCCAACUACUGCAACGAAAUGAUGAAGCGCCGGAAUAUGACAGACGGAUGGUGCAAGCCGGUGAACACCUUCGUACAUGAGCCUCUGGCAGAUGUCCAGGCUGUCUGCCUCCAGGGAAAUGUCACCUGCAAGAAUGGGCAGCCCAACUGCCACCAGAGCGUCUCCAAGAUGAACAUCACCGACUGCCGCCUGAAGCGCGGCUCCAAAUACCCCAGAUGUACAUACCAGACCGCACAGAAAGAGAAAUACAUCAUUGUGGCCUGUGAGGGGGACCCAUACGUGCCAGUCCACUUCGACAAUUCUGUUUAGGUCUCCACCUGAGACCGGAGCAGCAAGAUGCCCGCCUCACUGUGACCCCUGCUUCUUCUACCUGCCCAGAAGGAAAUAAGUCAAGUUCGAGCUCCUCUCCAAUACACAAAUCCUUCCCUGCCCAGGGCUUCCCCUUGCAUGGUCUGAGGGGUGUGGUGGGCCCCAUGUUAACCACUUCACGGCUUCCUUCAAUAAAACACAGUUGCUUCCA